AUGGACUCGGAGGUAUGCGACCGUUUGCAGUGCAUGCUGCACUACGCGCUGCAGCAGCGUCUGCUGAGUUCCGCGUUGGGGGUCUGCAACAGGGGCUGCUUCUACGCCGACAGCAGCAAGGACAGCGGCAGCAGGAGUAGCAGCGGCAGCGGGAAUGUGUUUGUUUUGUGGCGUGCUGUAGCUACAGCCCUUGACCACAGGCCGCAGCAAGCGCUGCUGCUGCUGCGCAGCUUGGAGAGACAGCAGGCAGCAAGUAAUGGGGGAGAAAUAAAAGAGGGGACAGUUUCAUUGUGGUGUCUGCAGCAAGUGCAGCAGGCUAUUUUGCUGCUGCAGAAAGGAGACAAUCAAUACAAGGUCGACUCUUUGGUGUCCCCUGCUGCCUCACUGAAGACCAAUGCUGCUGCUGCUGCUGCAGCAGCAGCAAAGGGACAGGAGAACGACAGCAGCCUGCUGCUCGUAGCCUCAGCUCUCUCGUACCUCGGUGACUUUGUGGGGGCUUUUGCUGCCUUGCAGGCUAUGAAGACGGAGACAGAAGAAAGCUGCUGCAUAGCGGGGUGGCUGCACUUAGAAGUGCAUGCAGCACUACACAGACAGCAAGAACAGCAGCAGCAGCAACUGCCGCCGUCGCACAAUCAACAGCAGCAACAGCAGCAGCAGGAGCAGCAGCAGCAGGAGCUUGCAGCAGCAGAACGCUACUUCCAGAGGGCGCAUCAGCUGAGUCUGUUAGGGAAGAGAGGUACCCCCUCUCCCUUGUCGCUUCUUGGUGUUGCAGAGGCUUUGGGGCUGGUGGGGUCGCUGCAGUCUCGAGAACCGUGGUUUGCUGCUGCUGCUUUUCACCGUGCGCUGCUGCUGCUGUCGGUAUCUCGUUGGGAUGAAGCAGCAGCAGCAGCAGCAACAUGUGCCGCAGCUGCACCCCCAUCUUCCAGCGGCAACGGCGAGUUGCAGCAGCCUGCUGCGCUGCUGCUGUUGCUUCUGCAGCUCUGCAGCAACACACACUCACCAGCAGCUAGCUGCAGCAGCCCCAAGGAGAUACUUUGCGCAUUGUCUGCUUCUCUUAAGACAGAAGAGCCACCUGGCUUUUCGUUUUGUUUGGACGUGUCUCGAGCCCUUUGCUGCUGCUGGGGCUGUCUAUACAAUGACUGCAGCAGUGACAGCAGCAGCACCGGUAGCAGACUAGGAGAUGUUCUGGAGGCGACACUGUCUCUGCUGCAGCAGGGGAGGGCGCAGCUGCAGGCCUCCAAUGAGGCUGCUGCUGCGCCGCUGCUGCUCGAAUACACUCGAGAGACAGCGCAGCAGCUGCUGUUAUGCGGCAGGCUUGUAGAGGCGGAGCGCGACUUUGCAGCAGCAACAGCAGCAGCAGCCACACCGCAGCAGCAGCAAGCGGCUUUUGAAGGAGCAGCACUGAGCUGCCUCCUCCAGGGAAAAACCGCCGAAGCAGCGCAGCAACUAAGACUGGCUCAAGGCGUCAAUGCGGCAAACUGCAGACCCACUGCAACUCAAAUUUUGCUGCGGUGGGAGUUAGGAGGCAACUGCAGCAACUCAGCAGCAGACUGCAGCAGCAGCAGCAGCAGCAGCAGCAACGACGGGAAAAGCAACGGCAGCAACACAAAUAACACAAGCGGCAACAACAUCAUCAACGGCAACAACGGCAACAAAAACAACGACGACAGCAACACCAGCAGCAGCAGCAGCCUUGCCGAGCUGGCUGAUGGAUUGCGUGCUGCUGCAGCAACAUGGAGAUGGCAGCUGCAGCGUGCAUGCGGUUUUAAGUUAUAUGGGGCUUUAGAUGCCCCUCGAUGGACAAUUGUGUGCUCGCGGCUGCUGCAUGCAGUGUCUCUUGCUGCAUGCAACCAAGCCCCAAACAUAGACAACCCCAUUGAGCCACUAGGGUUUUGGAGGGCCACUGCACCCAUAGCUGCCGCAACAGCCGCAGAGCAGAAGCUGCUGCGGGAGUUGCUGAACCAGGUUGUUGAGAUCGCAACGACGCUGCUGCAGCACAUACCUACUCACCUUCAUGCUCAGCUGCUUCUGGUGAGGGCGCUGCUGCUUUCUGGGGACCUGCAGCGCUGCUCAGACCUGCUGAGCUCGUUAGAGAAGCAGCACCAGGGGGAGACAGCUGCUGCUCUGCUGCUGCUGCUGCAUGCGCGCUGCUGUUGCUUGGCGGAGAAGCCUCAGCAAGGCCUUGACUAUUUGCUGCUGGCCUUUCAGCAGCAGCCCCAUCUGCAGCAGACCUCCGCAUGCAUACUGUUGCAGGCUUCGCUGCAGGUGCAGCUAAACUGCAUAGAAGAAGCUGUACAGACACUUGAGCCAGCAACGGCUGACAGCUGGUGCCGGGCAUUGUCUCGUGCUAGCAGCAGCAACAACAGCAACGGCAACAGCAACAGCAGCAACACCAGCAACGGCAACAAGUGCAUGUGCGGGGAGAUUGCUGCAAGGAAUCUGCGGUGGGCUAGGAGGCUGCGGGGUGUCUCUCCACUGCCGCUGCAGUGUACAGCAGCAGACCGCCUCGAGUUGCUCCUGCUGCUGGUGCUGCUGCUCAGUCGGCAGCAGCAAACAGAUAAAGCAAAAGAGUUACUGCUAGCUGCAGCUGAAGCAUUCGAAUGCGGUGCAUGCAUCUCCAUCAGCGGCCUCUACAGCAGCAGCAGCAGCGGCAGCUGCAGCGGCAGCAGCAGCAAGGGGAGCAAGGGCUUCGAGGAGUGGGUUCAAGGCAAAAUAAUCCUUGCUGCUGCCGCGCAUGCAGCAGAAACAAAAGAGCCGCAUGCUGCGCUGCAGCUGCUGCGGCGUGUCCCUCCGGGGUCUUGCUGCAGUGCAGCAGCGUUGGUGUCAUCUGCUGAGGUGUACCGGCAGCAUCUGCAGGACUCUGCUGCUGCUGUUCGCUGCCUGCGCCGCUCGCUACAGCAGCGACAUCUCAGCAGCAGCACUGCAGCAGCAGCAGGGGAGCUGCUGCUGACGCUGCACCGACCAAGAGAUGCAGUAACAGCAUUUUGCCAAGCAAACGAACUUUGUCCCCAAGACCGGCGCCUCCUCCAUCAACUCACAACAGCAGCAGCAGCAGCACAGCCACAGACGAAUGCUGCUGAAGACACUGCUGCAAGAGCGAGAGACUAUAUCGACAGGUAUGCUGCUGCUCGUGCUGCUGCUUUUAAUGUUGCUUUUUCUGCUACUGAUACUGAUGCUUUUGAUAGUAGUGUUGCUGCUGGUGCUGAUGACGGUCGCGGUGGUGAUUCUGGGGCCUUGGUGUUGCUGCGGCGGGUGCAGCAGAAGCUGCUGUCGAUGCUAUCUGACCCCACCAGGACCCCACGCCUCUCCCUCACGCCCAGCAGCAGCAGCAGCAACAGCAGUAACAGCAGCAGCAACAACAGCAGCAACAGCAGCAACAGCAGCAGCAACAGCGGCAGCAGCAGCAAGAGGGUAGUAAUGAGCGAGAAGAAGCAGCUGUUAUGCGAGGCAUCUAAGCAGCUAGCUGCGUUGCUGUGGCAGCUAAAGAGAGAUGCUGCUGCUGCUUUAGAUGUCUGCAGCAGAGCAAUCCAGCACAGCAGCGCAGACACCGAGUUGCAUGCGCUGCGUUGCCGGGUGUCUCUGCAGCUAGGCUGCAUGCACACAGCAGAAGAAUCUCUUAAAUGUCUCCGCGAACUAGAUAGCAACAACCCCACAUUGUGCGAGCUGCAGGUACACCUGGUUGCUGCUGCGCUGCAGCGGGGACCGCAGUCUCUUGAAGAGCUGCUGCCGCAUGCGCUGCAACUCAUUAGGCAGCAGAAGGUGUCUUUUGCUGCUUUAGAAGCAGCGCUGCUGCUGCUGCGGCGGCGGGGCCUGCAGGAGGGUUACGACGAGGUCUGCUCCCUGCUGCAGCAGCAGCAGCACCACCAACAACAGCAACAGCAGCAGGAACCUGACACCACCAGGAUCCGGACGCUUGCCUACUGCGAAGCUCUCGUCCAUAAGCCAGAGAUUGCGCUGCAGCGGUUUGUUGCUGCUCAAGAGCUGCCGCUGCUGCAGCAGUUGUCUCUGCAGCAGCAGUUGGAGUUGCUGCUGCGCCCCUUUGGUGCUGCUGAAUCAGAAUGGCUGCAGCAGAGUUCAACACGCAAGCGUCUGACAACUGUUUUAUCCUGUGCAGCAGCAGCAGCAGGAAUCGAAGCAGCAGCAACAGCUGCAGCUUCUGCUGCUGCACCGCAGCUGUUACCCCAGCCCUGGGAGCAACUGGGGAUUGAGAAACUGCAGCAGAUUUUGUUGCUGCCAGCAGCGGCAUCCUCCGCCCCAGGAGAGUACGCACCACCAGAGAGAAGCAAUAGCAGCAGCAGCAACAGCAGCAGCAACAGUAGCAGCAGCAACAGCAGCAGCAGCAGCAGCAGCAAUGCUUCUGUAUUGGAAGCUGCUGAGGCGCUUCUGUCUCGAUGGGAGAAGACACAAGGAGCAGCAGCAGACACAGCAAACAAUUAUUUGCUUCAGGCGUACAGACAGGAGAUAGCAGUGCUGUCGGGGAAAAGAGCUGCAGCAGAAGCUGCGCUGCAGCAAAUGAAGCAGCUGCUGCAGGGGUUUCAGCAGCAGCAACAGCAACAGGAGCCCCUGCCGCUGCAGCCGCCGCUGCUGUUACCCCAUGUGCAUGCGCUCUUUGUUGCCGCAGAAGCCUAUGUCGUCCUCGGACAACCUGCAAAAGCCCGCUCCUUGUUGCAGCAGGCAGCAGCAGCAGCAGCACAGGCAGAGCAGGCAGCAGCAGCAGCAGCUGCAGCAGCAGCAACAGCAGCAGCAGCACCCCGCCCAGAGUUAGACCCCGUGCAGCUCGCUGAGGCAACAGCUAGAGUUCAGCUGCUGCUUGCCGAGCUGCUGCUAGGGGAUCGGCAGCAAGAGGCAGCAGCAGCAGCAGCAACAGCAGCAGCAGCAGCAAUUGGCCCCAAUUAUAAAACAUCGGAAAUCCUCGCAAAGGUCGCAGAGAAACAAAAACAAUAUGACAAAGCAGCAUCUCAUUAUAAAGAUGCCCUAAAUCAGCACCCUAGACAGCUGCAGCUGCUGCUGCGGCAGGCGCUGCUGCAGCUGCAGCAGCAGCAGCUGCUGCCUGCCCUUGCAGGCUUGCAGCAGCAGCAGCUGCUGGCAGCAGCAGCAGCUGGACUUUAUCAGAUCUAG